AUGACGUUUUGCCUCCAAACGGAAUCAUUUGCAAGAAAGGCGGCCGAGGCGGCGAUUGCGGACGACAACGAGCCUCUCCCCAAAUCCGCCACCAAGGCUGCCCAUACCAGAAACGCCACUACAUCGUCCGGCGACCCACAAGAAAACGACAGAGACAUCCCUUCCACUGGUCUUGCAACCCUCAAGUCCAUCGAGUCUAGGAGCUCGGCAACAAGCUCUGAGACUCAGAAGAAGAGGGGAAUCGUGACGCCCGCGACAACUACCGGAAGCAUGGACUCCGACGAUGACUUCAUGAGCGAUGUCUCAAGCGCGGAUGAUUUUCUUGACACUCAAGGCAGUGAUGAUGAAAGCCUAGGCGAAGUGGACUUUGGCGACCUUGACACCGGAUUUUCGGACGACAAAGAUUUAAUCAAACAGAAACGAAAAGCAUACGAAGUCGAGUUCAAAGUUUUAGAUCCUUCCGACAUCGAACGAGAACAGUUGGUGCAGGUUAACAAUGUUUCCGCUAUCCUCGGGUUGCCGCCAGAGUCGGCUGCGAUCCUUUUGCGGUUUGGUCGCUGGAAGCAGGAGAAGUUAAUUGAGGAAUUCAUGGAUCGCCCGGAACGGACACUCGAGGAAGCUGGACUAGGAACCAACUUCGAGGGUACGGCUAAGACGGAGGUGGUGCCUGGUUUUGCGUGCGAUAUCUGCUGUGAGGACGGACCGGAUCUUGAAACAUAUGCUAUGCGUUGUGGACAUCGGUAUUGUGUAGACUGUUACCGCCACUACCUCGCAGGCAAAGUUAAGGAAGAAGGGGAGGCUGCUCGAAUCGAGUGUCCUGGAGACACCUGCCAUCGGAUUGUUGACUCAAAGUCCUUGGAUCUACUUGUGACCGAUGAUCUUAAAGACCGAUAUCGCGUUUUGCUUACUCGAACUUAUGUGGAUGACAAGGAUAACCUUCGAUGGUGCCCAGCUCCUAACUGCGAGUAUGCUGUCGACUGCGCUGUCAAAGCCCGUGAUCUCAACCGUAUCGUACCCACAGUACGAUGCGUCUGCCAACAUGAAUUCUGCUUUGGCUGCUCCCUUAACGAUCAUCAGCCCACACCCUGUCCUCUUGUGAAGAUGUGGCUGAAGAAGUGUGAAGAUGACUCAGAGACCGCCAAUUGGAUUUCUGCCAAUACCAAAGAAUGUCCCAGAUGCCAGUCCACUAUUGAGAAGAAUGGAGGAUGCAACCACAUGACUUGUCGUAAGUGCAAGCAUGAAUUCUGCUGGAUGUGCAUGGGUCUCUGGGCGGAGCACGGUACCAGUUGGUACAACUGCAGUCGCUACGAAGAAAAGUCAGGGUCCGAUGCGCGGUCUGCUCAGGCUAAGUCGCGAGCAUUCCUGGAGCGGUACUUGCAUUACUACAACCGAUAUGCCAAUCAUGAACAAUCAGCAAAGUUAGACAAGGAUCUGUAUCUCAAGACCGAAAAGAAAAUGACUAGCCUCCAGUCACAGUCUGGACUCUCAUGGAUUGAGGUUCAGUUCCUGGAUACAGCAUCACAGGCUCUGCAGCAGUGUCGACAGACUUUGAAAUGGACAUAUGCGUUUGCAUUUUACCUCGCCCGUAAUAACCUGACGGAAAUCUUCGAGGAUAAUCAAAAGGACUUGGAAAUGGCAGUCGAGAGUCUCAGUGAGAUGUUCGAGAAACCAGUGUCCGAACUGGCCGAGUUGAAGGUGGACAUUCUGGAUAAGACCGCCUACUGCAACAAGCGUCGGGUGAUUUUGCUGACUGACACCGCUGAGAAUUUGAAGCAUGAGGAAUGGUCAUUCAACAUGAAAUGGUGA